AAAAAAACAGAGUAACGUCUUCGUCUUCGUCUUCGUCUUCUACUCUUCUUCAUCAGCUACGGCCGUAAAAACCAUCAAUGGCGACGGAGUCGCCGAGCUCUGUUCGAAAAGUUGUUGUUCAUCUAAGAGCUACUGGAGGUGCUCCUAUACUCAAACAAUCUAAGUUCAAGAUUCCAGGGACUGAUAAAUUUGCUAAAGUGAUUGACUUUCUAAGAAGACAACUCCAUUCUGACUCAUUGUUUGUCUAUGUGAAUAGUGCGUUCUCGCCGAAUCCUGAUGAAUCAGUUAUUGAUCUUUAUAAUAACUUUGGAAUUGACGGCAAACUGGUGGUAAACUAUGCUUGUUCCAUGGCAUGAGGAUAAAAAGCCGAAUACUACAGAAUUCUCAAGCUCUGGUCACACACUAGAUAAGAUGCUUGCUUUGUUGGAAAAGAAGAAGACUUUUCAGAUGAAAGUUGCUUUAUGUACAUAAUCUAUAUAGCACUGGAAUUGAUAUUUUUUUACCCUAAAUACAUGUACCUAAAAGACCAUAUCAAACUUCAAAAGCAUUAGAUUGUACUCUCGCCUGUAUGUUUUCAUAGUUCAGUUCUCAGAGAUUCCAAAAAAGGAGCGUUUAAACACUUGUCA